AGAAAACUUGGAGGUCUGCGAAGGAGGACAAGCGACGGCAGGGACUCUACCACAACACCAGCAGGAGCUCUCGCCCUCGUCCUCCUGUAACUGCUCUGUGCCUCCACACUGCUAAGCUGUGUGUGCUGAAAUGGAGAGUCUUGAAAAAGAAAUGGCAUCUGCAGAUCUCUGUGAUAAGGUGGACAAAGGAUCAUCGAAGUGUGAGGUGGAAGAUGGAUCUCGACCCAGCACACCUCUUAGUGAUGCUAGUGAUGAUUCAUUUCACUCGCUCGAAGAUGAAGACAGAGAAAUGCCCGUCCAUGAAUCAGAACCCAGCAGAGCUUCAGAAGAAACUGACGAGUCAUCUGAGGGAUGUCACCCAUCUGAAAUCCCAUUAAUUGAACCAGAUGGGAAAGAUGGAACAGAAACUCCCGAACAUCUUCACGGUGAUGAUAAGACAUCAGAAAAUUCUUGGGAGAAGCUUGUAACGCAAGAGCAAGAUGAACAGCAGCAGAUAGAGGACGAGGAGGAGGAGGAAGAGGAUUUUGUAGAUGAAGAAUAUCUGAAAGAUCUUGAGCUGAAUAUGAGUGAAGAAGAAAAGAAUGCUAAGAGGGAGGAAAGCCAGACUCAUAAAGAAAGUGGUAAUAUCAAGUUCAAGGCUGGGCAGUUCCAAGAAGCACUGACCUCUUACACUGCAGGACUCAGAAUAUGCCCUCUGGCAUACCCUAGAGAUCGUGCUAUACUUUAUUCUAACAGAGCAGCAGCAAAGGCCAGAUUGAAUCUGAAAAAGAAGGCCAUUAGUGAUUGCAGUAAAGCAAUAGAACUUGACAGUGUUUACACAAAGGCUGUGAUGAGACGUGCAACACUCAACGAAGAAACUGGAAAUUUAGACGAGGCAUUAAAGGACUUCCAGCGUGUCUUAGAAUUAGAUCCCGUUAAUAAAGAAUCACACGAGGCUGUUAGAAGAUUACCCGAUAUGAUCACAGAGAGGAACGAGAAGCUCAAGGAGGAGAUGUUAGGUCUUUACCCAGUGGUAAACUGAAGGAUCUAGGAAAUGUGUUUCUUCGACCGUUUGGACUGUCAACAUCAAAUUUUGAACUCAAACAGGAUUCGAGUACUGGAGGCUACAACAUCAGUUUCAACCAAAAUCCUAAAAGCUAGUCAUUUAUUUAUCUAGUAUUUUCUUAAGAAUAUAAUGGUCUGAAUGUUUAAAAGCAAGAUACUUAAUUUGUGUGGCUAUAUGGUUAUAAGGAAUCAUUGGUUAUAUGGAAAAGAAGAAUUGUUGCAGGCAAUGGUUAUUUCAUUACUUUUUCUGCAUAAACAUGUCUUGCAAAGUUUUAAUGUGUAAUGAUCUACUGAACUGAAGAUGUAAUUGAAUGAGGAGGUAAAAUGUUUAGUGUUAUGGCAGGGUAUGUGUGUGAGUCUUUGUGUAUUAGGAUAUUUUGUGCCGGACUAAAACAGUGCCCCGUACGUUUAUGUGGUUAGCAGAGUUAAUGCGCCUUACUCUUAGUCAAUUAGAUGUCAAAUGGACACAAAACCCUCAGUUUUGUGUAACAACUGUACUCUUAACAAAAAAGUACUUUGUGCUUGUGUUCUGAUGUCUACAAAUAACAAAUAAAAAUAAAUUAAAUAAAUUAGGCUUCUGUCAGUAGUGACACAUUUUUUUUAUUAUUUUUAUUAUUAUUAUUAUUAUUAGGCAUGGGGAGCCUUUAGCCCAUGGGUUGAUUUCAGAUUCUUCUCUUGUAAAUACAGUACACAACAUAUGAUGGUUGAUCUAUUUAAUGUUGAGUUUCUUGAAAACUUAAACAAAAAAUAUUAUAUACAGAACACUGGAACCUUGAAAGGAUGGCUUGUAAUAGAUCAAAACCCUCUUGAUGGUCUGAAAAACAUUUGGCAGUGGUGAUACACCUUGGUCAUGCAGAACGGGGCAUUUCUGCGAACCCCUUGCCUCAGUUCACCAGUCAGUCUUGCUGUAGGCAUACCCACGUAUUAUAUUUUUCCAAUUUGUUUUUUUUAUUUUAGUAGUAAAAUGUUAUUCUGUGUACCAGUAAGUCUUUAGAAGACCUCAGUUUUAUUAACAGAGAACAUAUAAUACUAGUGCUGUCUAGUAUUAUUUAUGGUACUGUAGCAGAAUAAUGUUUGGUCUGGUACUUUACUAUGCUUUCAUUUUAAAUUGGGGGAACUGGUAAUCACUAGUAACUGGUAAAAUUGACGUGUCCAAAUUUUCUAGUUGUAUGAAGUAGUGGGGCGCUGCUGUGGCUGUAUUGUCGGGGUGUGACGAUGCUAGUGGUACGUGAUGCUGCAGUGUGUACGUGGUGAAUGGUAGACGUGUCUCCAUUGUUUAUUUUUUUAUUUUCUAUAUUUUCUGGGCUGAAGCAUCCGUGCCCUAUCAAUGAGAGAUAUAGGAUAGUGGUGGUGGUGAUGAUUGACUAAAUUUGAUUAGGUUUUUCAGUGUUGUUGACAAAGUCCAUCAGUUGAUAACAGAGUCUGUUAUUUUCAUUAACCCUUAGACACAGCCAUAGAGAAAUGGUCAUGCCUGCCUAUGCACAAAAUUUAAAAAAAAAACAAUUCCAACAAAUAGUUUUUAUUAUAGAAUUAUUAAUUUGUAUGCAGAAUGUAAGAAAACACAAUUAAGGGAAUAUUUAUUGUUUCACUGGGUGGAGGCGCUGUGCGAGGCUGAGCCUGGCACGUGUCAACGUGUAGUGCUCAACUACGUGGACGCUUCUUUGAUUAUCUUCUGAUAUUUCACUGAUUGUUCUUUCAAGUGUUUUUCUUUAUUUACAUCCAUGGUGAGCUUUUAUGUCCAUAUUUGUAUCAUACGUGAAAAACCCAGACAAUAAUUCAUUAUUUAAACCAUCAUUCGUGAAGAUAACCACAUUUGUACCAUGAAAUGGUAGCAGGACUUUUUUCAAGGGUCAAGGUAAACUCCAUUACAUCCACAUAGACCUAUUAUUUGCAUCAUACAUGUAAAACCCAGACAAUAAUUAUUUAAUGUUCAUAUGAUUGUAACCGCAGUACCCUGUGAACCAACAAUUGACGAUAACCACUGUCUAAGGGUUUCAUAGAAAAUAUGAAAUAAAUAUGGGCGAAUAAAGAAAAAUAUGAAGAAUGGUCUCAAUUUUAAUAUUUUGAAUAAAAAUUGUUGGAUACAGAGGUGCCACAUGCUCCAAAUUCUUCUACAUUAUUUUUACAAGAAUUAAUACAUUUUUGUGUUUAACAACAAUGUUUAUAAGUUUAUUAAACUGUGUAGGCUCAAGCAUUUACUGUCUAGUUACUUUAACGAGUUAUGAUCUCGUAAAUUCAAUGUUCAACUGUAUUAUGCAUAUACGGAAGAUUACGGAGAUUAAUUUGUAAUAUAAAAUGUCUUCUUUUUCUGGGUGUACGCAGUAGCGGUAAAGAGAAAGCAUUCCAAUGUUGGCUUCCCUUCCCCACCUUAAACAUAAAAAUGAUUCUUUAAUUAUUCCACAUUUCAACACAUUAUUAUAUUCCUAGUCAUUUUUACUAGUUAGUAAUUACAAAAUAUGUGUGGUAUUAAGUUGAAUAACAGUUUUCACAUUACUGUAUCAUAUACUAUCGGUAAACCUUUUUCAUGAGCGCUUCACUGCUGUGAUCAAAGAAAUUACAGUACUGUACUUCAAUUACAUAGUUACAUAAGUAAGAGGAUUUGAAAAUAGUGGACAUGAUUGCCACAUGUAGAUGAUUUUAUGAAUUGUAAAAUAAACAUUCUCAGUGAAAAUUGGGACUAAGAAAAAUCAAAGUAAUUAUUAAGGAAUUUGACUCAUUGGUACAGCAAAGUCUUGCUUCUUGCAGGUCGUCAUUCGAUCCCAGACGGUCCAAGUGGCUGGGUUCCAUUCCUUCUCUCUGUCCCAUCCCAGCUCCUUGUCCUCGUAUCCGUUCCAAGUGCUAUAUAGUCACAGUGGCUUAGCAUUUUGUCCUCGUAAUUACCUUACCUCAUUAAUUUAAAUUUAAAAGGUUAAGAAAGUUAAAAUAUUUGGGGAAUAAGUUUUGAGAAUACAUAAUUGUUGUAUUAAGUACUGAACAAACUAUAACUAUGCAGUCAAGAUUCUAGACAUGUCAUGGGCAACAAGUUCCCCAAACCUGUAUCUUUUGUGCACUUAUUGCACCAUUUUUAUUUUUGUGACCAAGCGGUGUACUGUUUGAGUGUAAUAAAAGGUUUUGGAGAAUAUACUCUCUUAAGAUAAGAGCUUUAAACCAACUUCUCAGCUUGUACGGCACUGGACAUCUUUUGUAAAGCGUCACUUUUUGCACUGUGUAAGGUAGAGUACCCAUAUUUUUAUUUGUUAACCUUUAUGCAAUUUUUUAUUUAAGGCAAAACACAGCACCCAAAUUGGGUGAUCAAAUAAUAUGGUAAACAACUGCAUUGUGUAUAUAUGUGGCAAUGUUUUUUUUUUAGUUUUAAGUCAAGGAAACCAUACAGCAAGAAAUACUACUUUACUUUUUAAUAUUUUUGUUAAUGUGUGCAAUUAUUUGUUUUGUAAAUUGAUUGCAAAAGUUUGCCUAAUACUUCUAUGUAGCAUAAUUACCCAUCUGAAAGCAAGCAGCAUAGCUAGUGUGUAUUUAAUUCAAGAUGCAGUCUGUUCUCAUGAUCAUCAGCAUCCAGCUUUAUGUAAAAUUAAUAUACUGUAUGGACCUAGCAAAUCCCUUAAUCAUAGUCCACUCCCUUUGGUAUCAUGUUUAACCCUUAAUCAUAGUCCACUCCCUUUGGUAUCAUGUUUAACCCUUAAUCAUAGUCCACUCCCUUUGGUAUCAUGUUUAACCCUUAAUCAUAGUCCACUCCCUUUGGUAUCAUGUUUAACCCUUAAUCAUAGUCCACUCCCUUUGGUAUCAUGUUUAACCCUUAAUCAUAGUCCACUCCCUUUGGUAUAACCCUUAAACAUCUCUAAUUAAAAGUUCUACAUUGUGGUUCAGAUGACAAAAACUAAAUAAAAACUCCUUUGCUGAUUCAAGCGCAGGAGGUAAUUUGCAGAUAGUGAUCAGAGCCGUUUGCAUAUAUGCUUUGAUUAUGCAUAUUGAUCAUUGUCUUAAGUUUUGUACAUGUCUCCCCCUUGUCUACAAAAAUAUUGUAUUCUGUAUGCAUUUAUUGUGAGAACAGGUUGCAAUAUUAUUCAAACUGAGAACACCUUGAAUUUCUAAUUCAGUAUUCAAUGUCUUUUGAAAGUGUACUGUACAUUAAAUAUGCUGAAGCACA